AUGUCGUCGGCUGUCUACGUGAGGCAGAGCGGACCACCUUCUCCGCCGCUCGAAAAAGCAACCGUCUCAGUCCAUGCGCUUGAUGCUGGUCACUUCUCUCUUCCAGAAUAUCAGUUUGUACACCCAGUAUCCCGCGAUGCACGGAAGACAGUCCCUUCGCUAGCGUUCCUCAUUCAGCACCAAAACGUUCAGAAUGGCAAGGUGACACGGAUUGUCUUCGACUUGGGGUUGAGAAGAGAUAUCAGACGAUAUGCACCACCAAUCCAGAAGCACGUGGAGACGCGACAGCCUAUGAGUACGGAUCCUGACGUCGUCAAGAGCCUAGCGAAAGGUGGCUUGACCCCGGACGACAUUGACUACGUCCUAUAUUCGCAUGUACACUGGGAUCACAUCGGCGAACCACGGGACUUCCCUAAUUCGACCUUCAUGGUCGGGCAUGGAGCACUUGCUCUUCUAGACGGGACAUCUUCGUCGCUCCGCGGCGGCCACUCUUUCUUUGAACACGAUCUCCUUCCGGAAGGACGCACAAUCGAGCUAUCAGACCCCUCAAACACCACAGUUAAGCGUCACUCGACAGACGUAGCCCGGAAAUCAGGAACCAUGAAUCUCCAACAGGCAUGGAUGCCCUACAAGCACCUGCCCCAGACACUCGACCUUUUUGACGACGGAUCCGUUCUUGUAGCGAACGCGCCUGGACAUCUACCCGGGCACGUUAACAUCCUCGCACAAGUCUCUGAAGACCAUCAAGUAUAUCUCGCCGGCGAUGCGUGCCACGACCGGAGACUCCUAACUGGAGAAAAAGAGAUUGGAGAGUGGAACGAUGCGGAGGGGCACGUAUGUUGCAUACAUGCCGACCGGAAAGGGGCAGAGGCCACUAUAGAACGAAUAAGAGGGCUAGAAAAGAACGGGGUGGAAAUCAUUUUCGCGCACGACGUUGAGUGGGAGAAUGUCCCUGCGAACAAGGCACGUUUCUUCGGCGCCACACCGCCCGACAUGACCCUCACACCCGAACAGCAAUCCCUCAAAGAGCGCUUCGACGCCGAGCUCGGCGCCUCCGCCUUCGACGAACCAUGGUCGCGCCUGCUCAAGCACUCGCCCGAAAUGUUCGCCGCCUCGCUCCGCCUCACCGCCGUGCCGAAGCGGAAAGCCCAUCUCAGCCCUAAAAUCCAAUCCCUGGUUAGCCUCUCCGUAGCGGCGGCGAGCACGCAUCUCCACGUCCCGAACGUCCAGCGGUACACGAAGCAAGCGCUGGAGCGCGGCGCGAGCAAGCAGGAGAUCGUGGAAGUGCUGUGUCUGACGAGCACGCUGGGGAUUCACGCGUGUAACAUCGGCGUGCCGCUGCUGUGUGAGGUGUUAAAGGAGGAAGGGAGGGCGCUGCCGACCGGGAUGGACGGCAUGAGCAAGGAGCAGUGGGACCUGAAGGAAGACUUUGAGAAGAAGAGGGGGUAUUGGCAUCCCUUCUGGGAGGACUUCCUGCGCUUGUCGCCAGAGUUCUUUGGCGCGUAUGUGGAGUUUUCGAGUGUGCCGUGGACGAAUGAGGGUGGGGGUGGGGUGCUGGAACCGAAGGUCAAGGAACUGAUAUACUGCGCUUUUGACUGCGCGGCCACACACCUUUACCAGCCAGGGCUUAAGCUGCAUAUGAAGAAUGUGCUUAAGUAUGGGGGUACGCCAGAAGAGAUCAUGGAGGUGUUGGAGUUGGCGACGUUGCUGAGUACUGCUACGAUGGAUGUUGGGCUGCCGGUGUUGGAGAAGGAGCUGGCGGCGCUGGGGCGGUAG